AUUCACUUUUAAACCUCUGAAAAGCACCCCGAAAUUCUCCACUUCCAACAAUGCAUCAUCUGGUCUUCAUCGGCCUUUAUUUUCCACAUGCUCAGAUGCGAACUCGAAAUUGGAUUCCAAUGUGAAAUCUCCUUCCCCAGAUCUGAGUAAUUCCGUAGGUUCCUCAGACGAAGCAUCCAAUAAUAAUGAGACCUUGCGGAACACUUCCACUGACAUUGAGGAGCAUAUUUCUCCACCUUGGUUUGACGAGGCUGAGCAUUCCUCGCUGAUAAAAGAUGCUUCAAACGAGUUUAACUCAACCGAGUUGCACGCCACGAUCAGUUCCACUCCCCUGUCUCCCAAUUCGUCGUUUAAAAUUUUAACUAAACCCACCCCUCCUCCAUCGAAGACGAGUAGGCUAUCGAUAGCCCCGUCAUCAGGAUCUCUGUUGUCCCCUUCUGUCUCUGACUCUUUCGAUGGUAACGAAUCGUCAACUAGAGAAGCCCACCUGACAACGAUGUUGCCUCCUGAGUCGACGGAUCAUGUUUCAAUUACGAAGCGUCUUUUUAACUUGGUUAAUGAAGUCUGCGACAUUGUUGAAUCCUUACCCAUGAACAAACUGUUAGCAUGCUUUGGGGAUCGAUUAACAACCAUCACACAGUUGUUGCACGAAAGGAGUCUUCCCUCCGUCAAAGCCACUACGUUUAAUGAAUUGAAAUCAAGCGAUAUGAAACAAUCUGUACUUACUAGCUCAUCUCAAAAUGAGCAGCGCCUUAACCAAAGCAGCUUCUCCACCCCUUCCAAUGUCUCCGUUCGGUCCGUUUUCACUCCUGUGCAACAGAAAGCCCCACUUGCUUAUCGCUUUCAAUCCUUCCCUAACACAUUCCCCGCCUUCCGUCCAGUAAUGGUCUUCUCCUCCCCAAGGGCCCCCGGGCUGUACCGUACCGUAAAACUGGCACCUAUUGCACGCAUGAUAAAGCAUGAUACACAUAUAUGCUACCUACAGAACAACCAGUUGGAUACAAUCGAAAAGCAAUUCCACUAUUCUGCAGACCUUCUAUCCAUCAACCUGAUGUUGUCUUGUGGUCUCAUGUCCACCAUCCUUGGACUUGUCAAUAUUUGCUCAAAUCAGCCUGAGCUUAUAGUUACACUAUUUUGA